CACAAGGGCAGAUCGGGACAGACAGAUCGUGCAGCGUUUUCUCCUCACGUUUAUUUCUCGUUUUAUUUUAUUUUCCCACGUGACUACAGAAACUCCCGCGCACGUCUCUGUGUAUGUCACAUCCAGCGCAAAGAUGCGCCCCCUGGAGCCUGUGGCGAAGCGUCUGUUGAAGGCGGUGAUUGUGGUGGAGCUGCUCGGAGUGUUUGGUGCCUAUGGCCUCUUCCACGCCAUGAACAACAGCCAAGACUUCAGGAGCAAAGUGAACCGUCGCUUCCCUUCAGUCUUAGAAGCAUAUUAUCUCUCCAAUGAGUGGGCAGGAGUUUAUGGCAUCAGGGAGAGAGACCGCGAGGCUUGGAGACAGGACUGAUCUGGACCGGG